AUUUCUUGCUAUGACAACACGGCGGCUAUUGGUCGGCGGUUACAUGACGUCUUACCUCUGCAUAACCCGGAUGAAGCGGGAACCUCCCGAGGGUUUUCCUCCACGCUGGAUCGCUUACUGAUUUCUAACUUAAACUUCUCUGUAAGGUCCACAGCUCCACUUUAAGCCAUGGCUGAUGAAAGGCCGGACUGGCAGAAGAUCGGGGAGGAAUUCAUCCAGCUGUACUAUUCCCGCUUUGACACUGGCAACCGGUCGUCGCUGGGCGAACUCUAUUAUCAAUCCGCCUGGAUGACCUGGGAAGGAGAGAUGUUCCACGGGAAAGAGGUCAUAGUAAACAAAUUAACCACCUUGCCUUUCAAAACAAUUCAACACAAUAUCACGAAACAGGACUGCCAACCCACACCAGAUAAUUGUAUUGUUGUUAUGGUGAUGGGACAGCUAAAGGCGGAUAACGACCCAGUUAUGGGCUUCCAGCAGGUGUUUCAGUUGCGGAACGAGCUGGGGUCUUGGGGCUGCUCCAAUGACAUGUUCCGGUUGUCGAUACACAAUUUUGGAGCAUAGCACUGUGGAUCUUCUGUUGGGCUCGCACAAAUUCUGCAGAUGUACCUACCAUCAAGAUUUGACAUCCAGCUCCUCAAUUGUACAAUGUUUUCUUUUAGUAAAAGCCUUCCCAAAUUCUUCUGUUUACAAUAAACAUUUUUUCCAUAGAGGAUUUAUAUCCAUCAA